UGUGUGCGCAGAGGCAUGGCGACGCUCCGCACGUCCCCGUGGGCGUGCACGGAGCCGGCCCGCGUGGCGCGCACGUGCGUGUGGGCGCGCGGGGGGGCGCCGCACGCCGAGCUGUCCCCGCAGGCGCUGUGCUGGCCCUCCUUCCACAGCGGCGUGGCCACCGCGCUGUGCCUCGUGCCGCUCGUGCCCACCUCCAUCGACACCGCCUUCGUGCUCUACAACAAGCCCAGGGGCACCGCAGAGAUGUCGAGCGAACACGCCGGAUUCCUCAUGGGGCUGGGCCUCAACGGGCACCUGCGGGACAUGCCCUUCAUGAACAUCUACGAGUACCUGGUCAAGUGCAACGAGAUGAUCAGCAUCGGCCUGCUGCUGGGCCUGGCCGCCACAUAUAGGGGCACAAUGGACGUUCAGGCUACCAAAAUGCUCAGCAUCCACCUAGAGCCGCUGCUGCCCCCCACGUCGGUGGAGCUGGACAUACAGCAGAACAUCCUGGUGGCGGCGCUGAUGGGCGUGGGGCUGCUGUACCAGGGCACCGCGCACGCGCACUACACGCAGGUGCUGCUCAACGAGAUCGGCAAGCCGCCGGGCCCGGAGGCGGAGAGCUGCGUGGAGCGCGAGGGCUACGCGCUGGCGGCCGGGCUGGCGCUGGGGCUGGUGUGCGCGGGCGCGUGGCGGGACGUGCCGCGCCGCGUGCCGCACGCGCUGCGCACCUACAUGCUGGGCGGCGACCGGCCCGCCGCGCACGGCGGGCAGCGCGAGCGGUGCAAGCCGGGCGUGAACCUGGACGUGACGUCCCCGGGCGGCACGGUGGCGCUGGGCCUGCUGUACCUGCGCGCCGGCCGCCGCGCCCCCGCCGCCUGGCUGCAGCCGCCCGACACCGCCUACCAGCUCGACUACGUGCGCCCGGACCUGCUCAUGCUCAGGGUCAUCGCGCGAGGCCUAAUGCUGUGGGACUCCAUAGAAGCUAGCGAAGAGUGGAUCGAGGAUCAAGUUCCAGAAACGAUAAAGCCAUACUGCUUCGUCAAACCGACCGAGGACAACAUCGAUUAUGAAGCUAUGAACCAGGCGUACUGCAACAUCGUGGCGGGCGCGGCGUUCGCGCUGGGGCUGCGGUUCGCGGGGUCGGGGGACGCGGACGCGCGCGACGCCGUGCUGCACCACGCGCGCGCGCUGGCCGCGCUGGCCGACACCGCGCUGGCCGAGCUGGCCGGCCGCUCCACGCUCGAGUACACGCUGUGCGUCUGUCUGCUGGCCGCCGGCAUGAUAAUGGCGGGUCGCGGCGACCUGUCCCUGCUGCGCAUGUGCCGGCGACUGCGCGCCCGCGUGCCCGCGCCCGGCGCCGCCGCGCCGCCGCUCACGCACGGCGGGCAGAUGGCGAUCCACUGCACCAUAGGGCUGCUGUUCCUGGGCGGCGGGCGGUGCACGCUCAGCACCACGCCCACCGCCGUGGCCGCGCUGCUGGCCGCCUUCUUCCCCAAGUUCCCGACGCACAGCGAGGACAACCGGUACCACCUGCAGGCGCUGCGGCACCUGUACGUGCUGGCCGUGGAGCCGCGCCUGCUGCUGCCGCGGGACAUCGACACCGGCGAGCUGUGCUACGCUCACAUACAGGUCAUCGACCUGCAGGGCUCGGUGCGGCAGAUGAAGGCGCCGUGCAUCCUCCCCGAACUGGACAAGCUGAAGGAGGUCAAGAUUGACGACCCUCGGUACUGGCCCAUCACCUUCCAGAGGGACAGGAACUGGGACCAGCUCAAACUGUUCCUGGAGUACACGUGGUGUGUGGAAGUGAAGCAGCGCGCCGGCUGCCUGCCGCACCGCCACGACCCGCACGGCUUCCUCACCAUGCUCGCGCAGUCGCUCACCCUGGACAAGGCCAACACCUGGUCCAUCAUCACCCAGAACAUCGAGCUGUUCACCAACGACGACAAGAUCCGCAGCUUCGCCAAGCGCUACCUGUGGGCGGAGGCGGCGCGCGGCUGCGGGGAGUGCGGGGAGUGCGUGCCGGCGCAGCGGCGGCGGCGCGGGGGGCGGGGGGAGCCGCGCCUGUGGAGGCCGUGCGAGUGCCGCCGGUACUCCAAGGACGAGCAGGACUACGUGCAGGCGCUCAACAUGGUCACCUACGAGUGCGUCGUCAAGGACAUCCUGUGCGCUCUGCCGAUAUGGACUACUUUUUUGAAGAUAAUAAAGACAAUGAAGACGGAUCCGUCGGCGUACCACACGUGGCAGAUGAAGCUGCUGCUGUCCCAGGUGGAGCAGCUCGACAAGCGCAGCACGGCCGAGAUGAAGGUGGACGGGCUGGAGGCGCACAGCGAGCCGCUCGUCUCCGCGGAGUUCACGCUCGCCAUCAAGCAGAAGGUGGCGCUCGCCUUCGACGCCUUCGAGCUGAGGCUGACCCCGUACCUGCGCAAGUACGUGGGCCUGCCGAGCAGCAGAGACUUCAAUAACUGCGAGCCCUUGCUCAAGAAGGCCCUGUCCGCGUUCCUCGUGUACCACGACAUCAAGCGGGGCGAGCUGCGGGGCUGCGCGGGGGAGGAGGGGGGCGCGCUGGUGCUGGCGGGGGGUGCUGGGGGUGCGGAGGGGGCGGCGCGGCUGGGGGCGCUGCUGCGGUGAUGCUCGACGCUGCGCCGGGGCUACGUGACCCGGGCGCGGUGCCGCGGGGACUGCGUGCACGACUGGUGCUGACGGACGCACAGACGUACUUGCUUUCAAUCUCAAUUUGUGUAAUUAAUGUUUGCUCAAGCUAGUACAGUUAGUACCGUAGAUUGGAGGGAAUAGGAACAAAUCUGGGUUGUCACAAUGCUUUUGUGGAGAUUUCAAUUUGUUAAAUUUUAAAGGACUUUUAUUUAGUGUUUAUGAAUAUUAAAUAGUUUAUUUUAGUCAUCACAGUUUUGUAACUGAUUAAAGAUAUUGAAAAGUUAAUUACUUAGAGGUAAGUACCUGCCUAACGAUUAAACAGUGCCAGCCCUAUCGAAAAACUCUAUUAUCCUCAUAUGUGACCUGAUUCACCCCAAAAGCCAAGGUGGAUCAGG